AUGGUACCCCCUGAUCCAACCUCUAAUCAGGGGACCAAAGGUUCCAUUAGACUGGACAGCAGAUUGCUUCCUAGGGACCAGGGAUCUCUUAACCAAGCUCCCUCAACUUAUGUGGAUGGCAGCCCUGGUAGGCUUUUAACGCAUCCUCUUCUGUCUGACUGGGUUUUAGAUAUAUUUAAUUAUUCAUUACGGCGCAGGACCAGGGUAAGAUACAAACAGAUGAUCGAGGAAUUUAAAGCAUGGGAAGUUUCCUUUAAUUCCCUUUCCCAUGAAUCUGACACAAUUUCCUUAGCUUUGGAAUUCCUUACGCUCAAAUAUCAUCCAGGGUUAGCAGUCAGUGCGAUUAAGACGUAUAGUUCUGCAUUAAAUUUUCUAAUCCCCAAUCUGACCCAAGACGCCCUUUACCUCAGGUUACUCAAAGGGCUAUACGUCUGCCGGCCUUCUACUCUGAGAUACACUUCCACUUGGGGUGUGGACCUUUUAUUAAACUACCUUAAUUCUUUGGUCAAUGACCAGAUUGACCUAAAAUGGACGGCGAUUAAAUUGGCAUCCCUUCUAGCUUUAGCUCUGGCAGCUAGAGGCUCAGAAUUAACCCAGCUAAAUAUUGUCGAUCCAUGGUUGUCCCGAACUCCUGGGGGAUUUCAUGUCAUCCUUAAAGGGAGACAGAAGACUUCCCAUAUUUUCCUGUAG